UUAUAGAUAUGCAUUAGUUUGAAUUUUGAAUUGAAAAGAUCUGGUAUACAGUUUGUCUCCUAUAGGACUCUUCUAGGUAUAGAAUUUGUGUCCUUGUAGGAGUUAACCACAUCAGUUGUUCCUGUACUUUGUAUCUAUAAAAAGAGCGUCUUGCUCUUUCAUUAAUAAUAAGAUUGAUACUCUGUUUUACCAAUUUAUCAUGGUAUCAGAGCAGCAGUAAACAAUAACAAAAUAAUAAUGACGGGGAACGAUAAUGAAGUAGCCAAUUCUCCAUACACGCUGCAACCAACUGAUAACCCUGGAGUGUCUCUGGUCACAUGUUUGCUCACACAAGAUAACUAUUCUACAUGGCGGAGGGCCAUGAGAAAUGCUUUGUUGGCUAAGUCAAAGUUAGGCUUUGUUGAUGGUAGUCUUCCGCGACCAACAACAAGCUCUACAAACGAAGCUGCCUGGAUUAAGGGAAAUUCCAUGGUAAUAUCUUGGAUUUUUAACUCUCUUCAUCCCUCACUUCACAGUAGUGUAGCUUUUUUUGAUACAGCAGGUGAACUUUGGAAAGAUUUAGAGGAGAGAUUUUCACAAGGGAAUGCUCCUCGAGUUCACCAGUUGAAGAUAGAGAUAGUGAAUACACAACAGCAGGAUCAAACAAUGAGUGUUUACUACACCAAAUUGAAGGGAUUAUGGGAUGAGUAUGGAUCGUAUUGUCAGUUACCAAACUGCAGUUGUGGUGCCAUUAAGGAAUAUGCAGCAGAAAGGGAAAAAAAGAAGGUUCAUCAGUUUCUUAUGGGAUUGAAUGAGAAAUUUAAUGUUGUUCGAUCUCAGAUUUUAAAUACUGAACCAUUACCAUCUCUAGCCCGUGUGUAUGGACUAGUUUCACAGGAAGAACGACAACAACAACUCACUACAAGCAAAGGAAAUAAUUUAUUGGAGGGGGCAUCAUUUGCUUCAAAGAGAAACACCAAUACUUUCAAUUCUCGUCAAUUGUCAGGUAACCGUGAUGUCUCUAAACUAUUUUGUGAUCACUGUAAACGAUGGAGACACACCAAGGACAAAUGUUUUGAACUACAUGGCUAUCCAGAUUGGUGGGAAAACAAUAGAAAAGGAAAAGGUAAGUCAGCUAAUUCCAGUCGAACAUCAGAAGUUGAACGUGUGGAUUACUCCCCAAUAAGUGGUUUAUCAAAAGAACAAUAUAACCAGCUUAUGUCUCUUUUAAGCCUUGAAAACUCCAAGGGUAUCGAUUCAAUGGCUAAUUUUGCUGGACUUAGCCACGAGGAAGCUGAUUGGCAUGGGUAAACUGAAGAAUAGCUUUUAUUAUUUCCAAAGUCAAGCACUAGUUUCAGCUCUUUUGUCAAAUAAAGACCAAACUAUUUUGUGGCAUCAACGUCUUGGUCAUGUAUCUUUUAGUCGUUUGUCUUUCAUUUCAGAACUUCAGUUUUUUAAUUUUAAUAAGUUAGAUGAUUAUUGUGAUGCUUGCCACCGAGCUAAGCAAAUUCGGAAGUCAUUUCCUGUUAGUUCUAUUAAAUCUAAUGAAGCUUUUGAUUUGAUU